AUGCAUUUCACCACUUUUCUCACCGCCCUUUCCCUUGCCGCAGUUACCGUCGCAGCUCCCGGAGAUCGUGGCCAUGAAACUGUUCCCGGCUUGGGCGGCAGGAAGCAGGCUAUCUUAAACGCCGGUGGGAAUACUCUGGACGUCGCUAUUGCCAUGCUUGAGGAUCGGCAUAUACAGACUAACUAUAAAUAUGGCGAUGGCAAGACCCGCGACGCAGCUAACUUCGGGUUGUUUAAGGUCAACUGGGGCAUGCUGCGCGUUUGUGCCUCUCGCGCCGGCUUCAAAGGCCAGCCUGAAGAUAAAUGGAAUAACGGUGCGAAACUGAACUCUGACGUUCGUGCUGAUGUUGCCUCGCGCUGGGAUUGCCAGAGGCACUAUGGCUACCAGAAGUGGUUUGCUGGUCACCGGAAUGGUGCCACCGGCUUAGACCAUCCCAACACUCCAGAUAUCAAGUUUUACCGCGAGUCUGUUGAGUGGAUCCAGAGCCAAAUUAACUCUAACCCUAAGUAUAAGUCUGAUGACACUCGCUUCUGGGUUGACGUCACUCCUAUCUGA